UAUAAUACCAUUGAUUAUAAAUACUAUUUAAUCUAUUCUGUGAUAUUAUCAGCUAUGGCUAUUGCUAUAUUUAGAAUUAUUAUUAUAUUAUAAAACCAUUGAUUAAGAUUUAAGACAUAUUUUACAGUACCUACAGUUUUAUGUAUAGUUUUAUUUUAGUUAUUAUUUAAUCUACUUUAUUCAAUGUUGGUUUGAAAAUUUAACUAUUUAAGUAUUAAAUUUUUUAAUAUUAAUAAUGCAUAAGUGGCUGAUAAAAAAAGAGAAAACAAUCGACCCUGCUAUAUCUACCAUUACAGCUCAAAAUGAGCAUACUAAUAAUGAUAUGCCUGAAGAGCCUGGUGUUAAUGUUUGUUUUGAAAAAGUUACUCAGACUAAAGAUGAUGUUAAUUUAAAAAUUAUAAGUAAUAAUGAAAACAAUGGUGAUGAAAAUGGAGCUUCUUAUGUGGCAAAUAAAUUAAAUUCUGUAAACGAUUUGUUAAAUAAUUCUGAUAUGCCUGAAGAGCCUGAUGUUGAGAGUAAUAUGAUAAAUAAUGCUUGUUUUGAAAAAGUUGCUCAUACCAAAGAUUUUACUUUAGUUGAUUUUGUGACUUCAUAUAAAGAAGCUUCUGGACAUUCUCAGAUUAAAGAUAAGCUCAUUUCAACUAGCCUUCUCAAGAUAUUGAUAAAUUGUGCUAGUUGGGAAUCAUUAACUGUUUCAAUAACCCGUGUUCUUUCAAUGAAACCUCACAGUGCAGAUGUUGAGCGCUUAAUCAGUUAUUAUAAUAUUAUUAAAACUGUAGACCGGUCACAAUUAUCUCCAGACACAAUAAAAGAUAGUCUCUACAUUAAAUUAAAUAUGCCAACAUUGAGUGAAUUCAACCCUCAUAAUGCAGUACUAGAAUGGCUAAAGGCAAAAAAAAGGCAUAAUAAGCCUCUGCAUUGUAGUCAACAAAUUGGAAAGCACUUACGCUGACGAGAACGACGAAUACCUCGUGCGUCUAGUUACUCUUCUGUCUACCAUUGAUACGGGCGCAACUACUGCAAGUGGUGACGAUCAGACCCCGGAGUCGGAACCUGAAGGACAAAAUCCGAUUCUUGGAGGCGCAGAUAGAAAAGAGUUAAACGAAAAUGUCGAGGAGUCUGUCUCCUUGUACAGUGAUGGAUUGCCGAGCGGCGAUGCGCUGUCAUCUGUAGCAGAGUCGGAGCUUACUCCGAUCCCAGAGACAGCACCGCUCGGCAACAACAACACGGUCCAGGAAGACGACAAUUCGAACAUUUCGGAAGCAGAAGAGGACCAUUCCGUUUUGCUGGCGACCAGUUGUACGUCGUCGUGUGGGGACGCGCCGUCCUCGGGAGUCGGGGCCUGUCGAUUCCACUCCGACUCCCGAGGGUGGACCGCUCGACGAAUUUUGGAUGAGAACGACGGAAUGGAGGGGAGGAUACGAGAAAGAGCACGGACGGUGCGCGGCGGUAAGUCACCCGUGCACGUUCUCCGACCACCCGUGGCGCGACGGGUUCCGCUGACGUAGCGCGCUCGGUCGUUGCAGUUGACGCGCGAGACCCUCUGGCGGCUCGGCGAGCGCCCGGCUGCAGUUACGGUCACGCGGAGGGCGGUGACGGAAAACGGCGACGACACGGCGGCUAUAAAGUAGAGGUACCGGCGUGGGCAACGAUUCCGCCCCGACGGUACAACGGCGAUGGCGACUCGGUACGACGGCAGCGGUGGAGACUUCGGCACGGGGUGAGUGGUAUGGAGAUUUGCGUGCAGGAACACGGGGACGUCAGCGAUGCCGGACUCGCGGAAACUUAACUGUUUCACAGGGUGAGACUUCACCGCGGCGGCGGAACGAAGAUGCGGCCGAAGGGACAACGCCAGGGCGAAAAUUACCGAGGGUCAAGGAUCGCGCUGUGGUCCGCUGACUCUCGCCUUUUCGCCCAGCGGUAAUCCCACAUCGGUCUCUUCGCUCGUCCCCACCGGUUCUGCAGCACAAAAUCUCACUUCGCUCGCUCCGCGUCUUGGUCUUCGCCGUCUGUCAGCCGAGUCGUCGCGUCGUCGACAGUCGACGCGCACUAGCCGCCGUCCGUCGCCGUCAACCGUGGUCGCUUCCGUGGCCGUCUCGGUCUGGCCUCGCCAGCUGGGCAAGGUCGUCAAGCGUCCGAGCAAACGCGCCAGUGACACUUGUCAAACCGCGGGACAGGUCGGAGAAUGUGCAGAGGUGACCAGUGGCCAGCAACAUUGCAUUUCCGCACCAAUUCGCCAUCUCGCAUCCUCCCCCCUUGUUUAUUGUGUCUCUUGUCCGUCGUAGGUAUAUAUUUUUUUCUUUAAAUUUCAUUAAAUUAUCUCAAAUUGUUAAAUAGUUCACAUAUUAUUGUAAAUUUCGAUUUUUUUUUCUUUUAUUAUCAUGAACAUAAUUAUUAUGUAAAAUAUUAUAUUUAUAGCCAAUGUGCUAAUUUUUUUGAAAAUUAUUGUUUAUACAUUUUCGUAUUAUUUUUGGUUUAUAAUUAAUAAACAUAUUUUGAUGUGAACAAAAAAAUA